GGACAAUGAUAGAAACUAAAACAGAAAUCCAAACCAAAAAAAAUCAAAUUAUUUUUUUAUUUAUUUUUGUUUUUAAGGUUUUAGAAUUUUAAUACAAUUCAAACUUUUAUUUUAAAAACAAUUAAAAGUAUUUCAAUUCACGGAACUGAAAAUUCUAUAGAUUUUCUGGACUCUUUAGCUUGUUUUUUUGGAAGCUUUUGAAAGAGCGGAGAUAUGGCGGUGGUAUCGGCGGCGUCGGCGAGUGUGGCGGUGGAGAAGGCGACGAGUGAUCUGUUAAUCGGACCGGAUUGGACUAUGAAUAUUGAUAUUUGUGAUUCUCUUAAUUCUAAUCAUUGGUUAGCUAAAGAUGUUGUGAAAGCUGUGAAAAAAAGAUUGCAGCACAAGAAUUCGAAAGUCCAACUGCUGGCGUUGACGCUUUUGGAGACGAUGGUGAAAAACUGUGGCGAUUUUGUUCAUUUUCAAAUUGCCGAAAAGAACAUAUUGGGAGAGAUGGUUAGGAUUGUUAAAAAGAAGGCCGAUAUGCAUGUAAGAGACAAAAUUUUAGUUUUGUUAGACUCUUGGCAAGAGGCAUUUGGAGGGCCAGGAGGAAAGCAUCCUCAAUACUAUUGGGCGUAUGAGGACCUAAGGCGGUCCGGAGUGCAAUUUCCACAGAGAUCCUCUGAUUCAGCUCCAAUAUUUACACCUCCAGUUGCCCAUUCGCCAAUGAGGCAUGCUCAAGCUGGAUUUGGAAUGCCCAGCAAUUCUUCUAGACGACUCGAUGAAACAAUGGCAACAGAGGUUGAAGGCUUAAGCUUAUCAAACUUGGAUUCUAUGCGGAAUGUAAUGGAGCUUUUGGGUGACAUGUUGCAAGCUGUUAACCCUGAUGAUCGUGAGGCUGUAAAAGAUGAAAUUAUAGUUGAUCUCGUCAACGGAUGUCGUUCCAACCAGAAGAAGUUGAUGCAGAUGCUAACCACUACUGGGGAUGAGGAGCUUCUUGGUCAGGGCCUUGAUUUAAAUGACAGUCUGCAAAUUUUGCUCGCAAGACAUGAUUCUAUAGCUUCUGGAAAUCCUAUGCCAACUCAAGUUACAAGCUUUGCUCCCAGGGCAAGCGAGGGGUCUUCCUCCAGUAGUAUCAAAGACACAGAAGUAAAACAGACUGAAGUGAAAGACGCUGCCUCAAGUCCUAGCAGCAUUACCACCAUGUCUGUUUCUACCCCAACAAGGAGCCGUAUAGACGAAGACGAAGAAGAGGAGGAUGACUUUGCACAGCUAGCUCGGAGGCAUUCAAAACCAGAGUCAAGUCCAUCACAAACAACAAACUUAAGCAGUAAGGCUUUAGUGCCGGUGGACGCGAGCAGCGUAAAUUCAUCUACCUCACCUACUUCUUCGAUUCAUACUGCGGGCGAUGAGCUUGCUCUUGCACUUCCUGACCCACCUGCACCAAUUAAGACUACGAAAGAGCAGGACAUAAUUGACUUUUUGAGCAUAACUUUAUCAACACCAUCUCCCCCACAUCAGCCCCAGACCCCUCAUACUCCAUCACCAUCUAAUCUAAGCAUGCCUCAAGCAGCAGCCUCUAACCAAACCAUGCCUCAAGUGCCCGCGUAUCCUUAUGCUACCCAAACUUAUCCUGGUAACCAAGGGCAAGCAGCUUACAGCAGUUAUGUUGUUCCAUGGGCACAACCUCCGCAACAGCAACAAUCACAGUUUCCCUCUCAUCCCCACUUACAGUCUCAAAUUCAGCAACUGCAUCCUCAAUCGCAACCACAAUCCCAGGGUGCAACUUGGCCUAAUCAGCAUUUCCAGCCUCGACCACAGCUUCAGGAGCAAUUCCCACCAUCAUCGCAACUAUAUUCUCAGAUGCAGCCUCAGCCUCAGCAGCAAUUUUCGCCUCAAUCUCAAUCACGGCCAUAUUCUCAGCUUCAGCCUCAGCCUCAGCAGCAAUUUUCACCUCAAUCUCAGUCACGGCCAUACUCUCAGCUUCAGACUCAGUCUCAGCCUCAACAUCAAUCUCAAACUCAUUCUCUGCCUCAAGCUCAAGUUCAGCCGCAACAGCACUUUCAGCCGCAAGCUCAAGCUCAGCCACAACAGCACUUUCAGCCGCAAGCUCAAGCUCAGCCGCAACAGCACUUUCAGCCUCAACUGCAGUCACAUUAUCCACAAUAUUCAUCCGCCUAUCCCCCUCCACCCUGGGCAGGUACACCUGGUUAUGCCAAUGGUCAUACAUCUACCACUACUAGUAUGUUCUCCAAUGCACCUGCAUCUUAUACACCUGCACAAGCAUCUAGGCUCAUGCAGCAUAGUAAUUCCUUCAGUUCGAGAGGAAGCAAUGCUUUAGCGUUAAAUGGCAGUCCUCGGGAAAAUCCCGGACCUAAGAACACUGCAUCUUCAGGACAGAAGCCGUUUAUUCCAUCUUACAGAUUAUUUGAAGAUCUAAAUGUUCUGGGCAAUACAACAGACGGACGGUUUGGAAGCACAACAUCAAGCUUGUCAGGACCUUCUAGUCAAGGGAUGGUCGGAGGAAGGAAAUGAAAUGCUAGUGAUACAACUCACACAAACUGGGUACAUUCUUGUGAAUACGGGUUAAUAUGGGCUUCUUUUUUCAGUUUGGAAUGUAUGUAAAAGGAAUUGUUAGAUUGGAAAUUGCUCUCUAUUCGGUGUAGUUUCAUGCCAUUGCUAUACUACUUAUCGACCAUUUUUCUCUGUUUAUGAAAUCUAAUUGUUAUUGUUGUGA